AUGGCCUCGGCAGCCGAUUGGAGAGCCUCGCUCACAUCGUCGGACCGUUAUGACAACAUCCAAGCCAUAAAGACAGCACUCGAGCAGUUCCAUGUCACAAGUUCAUUGACCCAGAGAGAUGCCUUCUCAAUUGAGAAUGAGGCUUACAAAACCUCCUCCUGUCGUGACCAAUAUAAUGCAGCAUGCCGCGUCUCGCGCUCACAGGACCAAAACGGCUCCCCUCAGGUACAGCAACCAGAGCCGACAGUAGACGAGGAACCAGAGUCACCAGGCGUCACCAUAGGGCCAUAUCGAAACUGCCACUACGUCGCCAGCGGAGUCACGGCCGAGGUAUACCGGUGCAAGACAACAGCGCUCAAGGUCAUUGUAGAAACUCGCAACAUGGAACCGCACAAUCCCGCUCGAGAAGCUGUGAUACUUGGAUUUCUUAAGAAACCUUGCGUUCCUUUGUUGGAAACUUUCAGGGACCAGGAGCAGCGCUUUACUUUGGCCUUCCCGUUCAUGCCCAUGAGCCUCGAGAGCCUGAUGGAGCAUGGAGCAAUUCCCCAGGGUCGUGUUCGGAGGCACUUCACCGACCUGUUCAAAGCCUUACAAUUUAUACAUCAGGAAGGCAUCAUCCACAGAGACGUGAAACCAUCCGCCGUUCUGCUCGAGUCAGCGGAUGGGCCAGCCUACCUCUCCGAUUUUGGCACAGCCUGGCAUCCCGAGUUGUCGGCCUCGGCGGAGCCUACAGAUCGGAAAAUUCUCGACAUAGGCACCGGCUCCUAUCGUGCCCCUGAAGUGCUAUUCGGCGACAAGUCUUACGGAUCGGCCGUCGACAUGUGGGGAGCCGGCUCGAUGCUUGCCGAAUGCUGCCGUACGAAUCCUCGACCGCUCUUCGAGUCUCGGCAAGCUCAUGAGGACGGCAAUCAGCUUGGUUUGAUUUUGAGCAUCUUCAAGACCGUUGGAAGUCCAACCAAAGAGUCAUGGCCACAGGCGGCAAACUUCAAGACGCCGCCGUUUGACAUGUACCAGAGCUUCGAGGGCCAAAAGUGGGAAGAGCUACUACCAGAUGUCAACAGUGACUUUCGUGAACUCAUCGCCGCUUUGGUGAGAUACGAUAGCAGCAGCAGGCCUACAGCUACCCAGGCUCUGCGAUUCCGGUGUAUGCAAGUUGCAAUCGACCAUCAGACUCAAGCAAGCGCGGUAGAUUGA